AUUUCAGUUUUUAAAUUUGUGUAAGAUUUAGGCAGAUUCUUCCCGGACUGGCCGUCAAUUCAUCCAAUCGGAUUUGUUUUUAUUUAGAAAGGAUUUAUUCAUACUCGUUUAGCUUAUCUAUGAAAUGAUUAAUAAUUUUACUACUAAGAACCACCAUGGCAAUUGCGAAAUGGCUAGCAACAUUCAAGAUGUGCACUACGGAAAAAUUAUUAGAUUUUGCGGAAGAUAUAAAGAAAGAUCACACGUUGAAAAAAGAGAUUUUCUUUUUUAUAGAAAAUAAAAAUAAGUCAGAGGAAUUGGACCCAGUGGUUCACCAGCUUUUCAACUUUUACAGACUUGACAAUGAUCAACUUAAGAAGUUUUCUUUAGAGUUCAUUCCAGCAAUGCUCCUGAAGUAUUAUUCUGCCAUUAAUGGACAACAAGUUGUUAUUUCUAGUUUAGAAGCAUUCCUCCUUGGGAUGUAUAACUUAGACUCCACAAGACUUAAACUGAACUGCCAGACAGACUUCUUACUACAGCCCAACUCGGCACUGAUUUUCAAUACAACCUCAUCAAUCUACCAUGACAUUCCCAUGGGGGUAACAACAUCCAUGCUAACCAGAAGUGCCCUGGACAGAUGGCACGUCCACAAUAGUCACCAGUCCAAAAUCAAAAAUGUGACCUAUUUAAAAGCUACAGACAGUGUUACUAAUAAAAAUAAGCUUACAAUAAUGAUACACGCUCUUCAGAGGUACAACGAGCACAUUUCCGAUUUCUCAGACCUAUCACAUCUAACCCUAUGCAAGUUCUGUAUGAUGUUCACUAAGACAAAGAAGGACAAUCCAAAUGUUGAAUCUCAAGCUGAUAAUAAUAUUAUGCCCAAGCACAACGGCCAAUCAGAAGCGGGGCUCAUGGCCGUCAGUUCCUUAUACAAAAGGGCUCAUUAUGAUUUGUUACCUGCCUCUAUUAUGUCGAUAGGAGCUCUGAUGAGUUUCAUAUCCAAUGCUCAAAACGAUGAAGAUGAUGAUAACAACGGCGACAACGCUGCUACUACGACAACAACAACUACAACGAGUCAGCUUAAAAAGUUGUUGCCACGGCAUCUCCAACAACAUGAUGCACAGCAAAAGUUUUUGUCUCAGCAGCAGUCCCAGCAGCAGCAGCAGCAACUUACGAGGGAGGCCAUUACGAAUGCAACCUUCAGAACGCAGACCAUGCCAGAGGACAUAGAGGUUAAAGGUACGACAUCGUUGUCGUUAAGCCCGGCCGCGACUAUUUCCGGUCACGUGCCGGCCGCCGGAAGUGGCGAUGACGUCACCAGUCCCCAUCAACAGCAGCAGCUGUCACUGCAGUUCAGCUUGAUAGCUAAUAAAGUGAGGCAGAAGUCGAUGAUCGCCAAGGUGUUCCACAAGAAGAAAGAUGAUAGUAACUGCAGUAACAGUAGUUGUAAUACCUUAGUGAAGAGGAACACGAUGACCUCCGAUGACCUCAUCCAAUUUUUGGACACUGGCCAGUAUUCACAGCUAGAACAGCAGCUGCAACCACCAUUGCAGCAGCAGCAACAACAUGGGUUAGGUGCGCUAUCUUCAGCUAAGAAGACGAUAAUUAACGCGUUUAAAAGUGAAUUUAUGUCUCAGUCGCCCUCCGCGUCUCCGGCCACUACACCAGCAGCUCAAAAUUUUCAUUCAAGCGAUGCCUCGAGAGCGAGCAAGAGCAGCAGCAGACGAGCGAUGGCGAGGAAGAACACAAUAUCGAUAGCUCCUUACUUCGCUGAUGAGGACGUGGUCGACCUCGAUCGCUACGAGAUCCGAACCACUGAGAGGUUGUAUGCAAUGACCAAACCACCUCCACCAUCACAACAACCACAACAACCGCAACAGUUGACGAAACAACAACAGAAACUGCAGAACAAGCUUCAAAACAAAGACGCCAAAUUGAAAUCGAAGAAUAAAAAAAUAGCUCUAGCGGCGAAAAAAGGGCACAAGAAGCUGGCGUCACUUCUUCUGCCCUCCUCAUCACCCUUGCUGACGUCAUCGUCUACGUCACCAAGCAAACAGCAAACAGCUGGUCUUGUGAGGGAUUACAACGCAAGGCUUUCAUUAACAUCGAGGAGAGUUGCUAAUGGUAGGGCGAGAGUGGAUCACAUCGAAGAGGAGUACCUGAAGGGUUGUAAUAAUGACGAUGAUGACAACGAAGAUGAGGAAGAUGAUGAUGACGACGAUGGCGAUGAUGACGACGACGAUGCUGGACAGUCCAGCGAUUACUUUGCUCUCAGUGGGGCGAGUAUAUUGAGUGGCAAGUUCUCGCAGAUUCAGCAGCAGCUUCAUCCGCAACAGCAGCAGCCAAAAAAUUUGCGCUUUCUAUUCCCGCUCAAAACUUCAAACGUCGACGACGUGAACGACAACGGCGACAACUCUUUCAGCCGCAAUAGUACGAAACGAAACUCUCACCACUCACAAGCUCCGCCUACGUCUUCGUCCUUGACAUUCACAGACGACAUUCCGCGGCUUUCAGAUGUAGCGAGGGUGAGGAAGGCUUCGAACACGCCACUCGAUCGAUAUGCAGUCGUACCAUUCGCCGCCACAACGACGUCAGCGACACUGACAACAACAACCACAACCACAACUUCUAAAAACAACAACAACACCAGCAACAAGAUGUCACAUUCUUUGGACAACCUGCAAAACCUUUGCUAAUGUGCUGUAUUAAUUUUCAUUUACGAAUUUUCAAUUUUUUCUAAUACUAUCAAUCAAAAAAGAUACUCAUAUAUACAUAUAAACAUACAUACAUACGUACACACGUGCAUACAUACAUACACACAAAUGUACGCGCACACACACAUACACAUUUUUGUAUUUCUAAGCAGCUUUAUAGCAGAAUUUUUUAGUUUUCAGCUGUCCUAUUUGUUACAUUCUUCGCGUUUUUUUUCCGAUUUCAUUGUUAGUGUGGUAGAUUUUAAAUGUUAUAAUAAAUAAAUAAAU